GUCAGAUUUGAUAUAAACUUGGUCUUAGACUGUCUCAAUGCAGCAAUUGGGGAUCUGAUCUGAGACUGAGGUGGGUGAGGUCGGGCGAUGGCUUUCGCGGUUAUGCCUAAGAUGAUUUUGGGCUCAUUCUACAGCCAAAACCGGAAGGAAGGUUUUGAACCAGGGUUGAGGAAAAGGAAUAUUGGGAUAACGGAUCGCCUGUGUACCCUGUCCCUCAAGUGUGCUCUCGAGCGAAGCAGCAGCAGCAGCGAUGGAAAGAAAGGAGGCGUAUCGAAUUCCAAUUACGUGGUGCCGCUGGACAAUUCAUCUCCUUUCUCAAACUCAUCCUGCAUAACUCGUCCUUUAGCCGAGAUACUCCGAGACCUCAAUAAAAGAAUCCCCGAUAAUAUCGUCAAAUCUCAUGUCCCAGGCGAUCCUUCGGCUUCUACCUUUAUCCCCUGGUAUCAUGCCAACAGGAUGUUGAGCUUUUACGCCCCAGGAUGGUGUGGAGAG